GUCUGCUGAAUUGUUUUUACAGUUUUUCUCGAUUGCUUAAACACUAUAACCAGGCCUCUAAACUAAAAUUUCAAAACCAUAAACGCUAUUGGUCAAAAAGCUCACCCAUUUCCCUGAACUAUAAACACUAUUCCCUGCUUUGACACAUGACUCAAAUUUGGUGAACUGGUACUGCAAAACUCUACACACAAAUCCCUACAUUUUACAGUGCUUACACCAUGUAGUCAUGUAGAAAGCACUAGCAUGCAAUAAUGUUAACUUAAGUCAGCAUAGCUUGAGCCCAAUUAGCACACAAUUAACCAGGUGGAAACACUAGGAGUCAAAAUUUAGCACACACCAAUCAGAACCUGCGAUGGAUAGAUAAAAGGGCCAAAGUCAGCUCAUUCAGGUUUGAAACAAUGGAUCCAAAGAGAUGCAAAGGAAGAGGACGUGGUGGAGAAAGAGGACGUGGUGAAAGAGGAGGACGUGGUGGAGAAAGAGGACGUGGUGAAGGAGGAGGACGUGGUGGAGAAAGAGGACAUGGUGAAAGAGGAGGACGUGGUGGAAGAGGAGGAGGAGGUGGUGAAGGAGGUGGAGGUGGAGAACGACGGCGACAAGGAAGGGGAAGAGCAAGGGCACGAAGACAGUCAGUCUCGGAUGAAAUUCGAGCCACUUUAGUUGACCAUGUCCUUGUCCAUGGGAUGACUAUGAGGGAGGCUGGGCAACGAGUACAACCAAAUUUGAGUCGCUUCACUGUUGCCUCCAUCAUCAGAACCUUCAGUGAGGAAAACAGGACACAGAGACGACCACCUGGUGGAGGCAGGUUAAGGCUUUUGUCGGAGGAGCAAGAGAGGAACUUGUAA